CAUGCCUUAAAACUACACCGCCGCACACUGGAUCCUAGGCUGCCUCCAGGGUAUAUAUCUAUUUCGAGCAUGUCUUGCGAUAAAAUAAAACUGAAGAAAGCAGAAUUGAGUUCGUUCUGCGAGAAAUGGAAAAAGAAGAAGAGGAUUCCUAGCUCGUCUGUGAGGAAGAUAUCUGAAGUUGUGGUUGCCAAACACUACGAGCCUGGAGAGUAUGUUGCUCGUGAGGGUGAACCUGGGGAUGGCGUAUACUUCAUAUUGGAUGGAGAGGCUGAGGUUGUUGGAUCUGUCAGUACCAAUGAUGAAAAUCGCCCGGAGUUCCAAUUGAAAAGAUAUGAUUAUUUUGGUUAUGGUUUGUCAAACACAGUUCACCAGGCAGAUGUUGUUGCUCUGUCUAAGCUGACAUGCUUCGUGCUGCCCAAUGAGCACUCAACACUGAUGCAGCCGAAGUCUAUCUGGAGUGCAGAAAAUUGUGUUGAGACAUGCUCACCUGUGGAGAAUAUUUUGCAUUUAGAACCCAUAGAGGUAGAUGUCUUCCAAGGAAUAACCCUUCCAGAUGCUCCUAGAUUUGGGAAAGUGUUUGGGGGACAGAUGAUUGGACAGGCACUGGCUGCAGCAGCAAAAUCUGUUGACUGUCUUAAGGUUGUUCAUAGUUUGCAUGCCUAUUUUAUUCUAGUGGGGGAUUUAAACAUGCCAAUUAUAUAUCAAGUUCACCGUCUCCGUGACGGAAAGAGCUUUGCUACACGGAAAGUGGAUGCAAUUCAAAAGGGGAAUGUCAUAUUCACUUUGCUGGCUUCAUUUCAGAAGGAAGAAUCAGGGAUGUACCACCAGGAAGUAGCUAUGCCAUCUGUCCCGGCUCCAGAUAUGCUUCUGCCAAUGGAAGAGUUACGCGAGAGACGUCUUACUGACCCUCGUUUACCAAUAACCUACCGGAGCAAAGUGGCUACAACUCAAUUCAUCCCCUGGCCCAUAGAGAUACGGUUCUGUGAAUAUGAACUUUCAACAAAUCAGACAAAAUCCCCUCCCAGUUUGAGAUACUGGUUUAGAGCAAAGGGAAAACUGUCAGAUGAUCAAGCAUUGCAUAGGUGCGUGGUGGCAUAUGCUUCAGAUCUAAUAUUUCUUCAAGUAAGUUUGAAUCCCCACCGUGAGAAGGGCUUCAAGACACGUUCUGUUAGUCUGGACCACUCUUUGUGGUUUCACCGAUCCUUAAGAGCAGAUGAAUGGGUGCUAUUUGCAAUCUUUACGCCUUCAGCCUAUAAUGCUCGUGUCUUUGUCACAGGCCAAAUGUUCAAUCAGAAGGGAGAGCUUCUUGUAUCAUUGGUUCAAGAAGGACUAGCCAGGAAAAUUAAUCCCGGAAAUUCAGCCAUCAAAUCCAAGUUGUGAACUGCUGAAAACUUCACAGGACCUAUGGCCUGCGUUUUUCUUUUUCAUUGUUUUUUCUUUCUUUACAAUUUUGUUGGUCUGAAUGGUUUAAUUAUGGAAUUUGCCCUGUAAUGCAAAACUGCUAAA